AUGAACGCCUCGACGACGAGUAUGGACAUCGACAGUCCGUGGAUGUUCGCAAACUCGGUCAAGUACUCCACUCCGGCUCACUCCACUCCUGCUCUGGCGCUUGCGCGCGCAGGUGGUCCAGAGGGCACCACAUAUCUCUAUCAGCUCGACGACGCCCCGGCGGCCGCCCCGGGCGGUGGGUUUGAGGCGGGCGGGGGGACGGACGGCACCUACCUCCCGCCAACAACUGUUGCCACCUACCCGACACCCCCCUCGAGUCUGUCGGGAAGCUACCGCGUACCCGCGCGGCCCCCACCUGAACAGCUGUAUCCCCUUACACCGUCGUCGGUUGCUUCCAACCUGGUAUCCAACCUCUAUCGCCCUAACGCGUGCUCGUUGACGCGUUCCGCGUCUGGCGCGUCCGCGAAAUCAACCGCGUCCUCCACUUCCUCGACAUCCUCAGACGAUGCGGCGCGCUGUGGUCCAGUCCUACCCCUCAUCCACGGCGUGUUUCCAGCAACGGCAUCCUCCGUAUCCGCGGCAUCGCACAUGCUGGAGAUCGUUACACCCCCCACCCACGUGCUGCACGGCUUCAUCGCCGACGAGCCGACCCUCGGCCGCCUCGUGUUCGUCCACCUGCCACCGACGCACGCUAGCGCGCCGGCGCGCCCCGAAGUCCUCGCGCCGCACUUCUUCAACGUUCUCCACAGCGACGGGCCGACGUACUCAGCCGCACCGGCCCCUCCAACGGGUCCCGUCGCGCUCGAUAUCCGCGAGAGUCUCACUGCCCUCCUAGAUCUAGCGGACGAGAUCGAGGGUACGCAACUCGUCCUCAUCCUCGACAAGGACGAGCGUGAGCCCGCCCCGCUCGCCGAACUCAUGCACGCGCUCAUGUACGUCGGCGGUACGCCUGUUCGCCCCGGCGCCCCCGUCGGCGAGUGGGAGUGGGACGCGCGCCGCUGGGCGCUCGUCUCUAUCGAGCUGUAG